AUGAAUGCAAAUACCUUUCUUUCAAAUAUAUCUACAAGUCUGCGUCUUUUAGAAACAAAAACCAGUUUGAUAGAGAAAGCAAAUAUAACUGAAUUAACAACUUUGAUACAACAACAAAAGAAUUCUGUUAAUGAUAACAUAACAUCACUUGAAAGCAUAAUUGAGCAAUUAAAAAGAAGAAAAUUCAAAUCUAUCGAUGAUUUACUUAUAGCAGAUUCAGAAUCAAAGGUUAUAAAUAAAAAUCACAAUAAUAAUAAAGUAAACCCAAAUCCAUAUGAUUUAACUCCUACUCUGGUUGCUUUAAUUCGAAGCAAAAUGAAGGCAAAUGAACAAGAUGACAAAGAUUCCAAUGAAAAUAUGAAUUUCGAGGAGAAAAUUUUAAUAGAAGAAUCGAUUCAUCAGAUUUGUUAUACUUACUUUGGAACAAGACGUAACAUUUUUAAAACUUCACCUGAAAAAUUAAAGACUAAGAAAAUUAAUAGCUGUCGUAAUAAUAGAACAUUAAAGAAGUUUCAAAUGCGAAGAGAUAUUAUUGAUACACUUGACACGAAAAAACUAGGAUAUCUAAUUAAAGAAGUCAAAGCACUAUUUGCACAAGAGUUAAUUUCACCUGAAAUUAGCGAGGAUGAAGAUACAUUAUUUGAUAUAAAUACAAUUCUUUCAAAUACUAUCGAUUCAGAUUCUGAACCUGAAUUUACAAGUCGAGAUGCAAGGAUUUAUAGGGAUGAUAGAAAUUCUAAACAAUCUACCGUCGAUAGCUAUGACAUGAACUUGGCUAUCUCUGCUCUAAAUACUAACUUUACAGAGCUUCCAGAAAACUUUGAAGACGAUUUAAUGAAAUCAUUGAACAAUAUUGAUGAACAAUGUGCAACUUUAUUCUCAAUUGAUCCACAAUAUAUUAUUGAUUCGCAUUCUGAUAUUUCAUCUAAUCAUGAAAUAUAUUCUACUGGGCCUAGUCUUAAUCCUAAUAACAUGUCUGAACAAUUCCUUUCCUAUCUGGCUGAAUCAGAUAAUAGCAUUAGAAAGCAGAAUGAUAAUGCGAAAAUUAAAUAUGGAAAACAACGAGCACCAUUUAAGGAUAAGACUAACGAUGAUAUUAUGAAACUGACUAAUCCCACAAAGAUUGUAGAACGGCGUAAAUUAAAUAUGAAACCAUUAUCUAAAGAUAAGACUAACGAUGUUAGUAAUUUCACGAAACUGACUGAACCUCUUACGAAGACUAUAAAAUGA